AACAAGCUGGUCUGACAGAGCAACAAUAUCAGUGUGCAGUAGUCGGUUGCAACUCUUUGUGUUUUGUGUGUUUGGUAUGUUUUCAAGUAAUUACUACAGUUCUCAACGCAAAUGAGCAUAAUUAUUUGAAGCACAGCAGUAAAAUAGUAUAAAUUCUGUUGAAGACCGGUAAUCGUAAAGUCAGGCGCAUAUUUUUAACUCGAUCCUUUACAACCAGCCAACCUGUUGUCAUCCUUAGACGUUCAGUUUCAGUUGCUCCGUUGUAGAACCAAAUCGCUGAAAUGACUUAUCCUUCGUCGGAUUCAUCGGCUCAAUUUUUGUUUAAUGUGGCAGGCAACAAUAACAAGAUACCUGGCAAGGUGUUCACGGAUGUGAAUAAAUCAACCCAGUUUAAUUUAGAACUGGAUUCCCGCAUCGAUAGACACCAAAGUAAGAUUCAUGUUACGCUCACGUACUUAUCUGACCUAAAAACGAUGCUAGGCAUUUGCCAAGAUCAAAGGCAUGCGACAUCACCGCAACAUGCUUUCUUUUACUCCGAAGACUUAUCGGCACGUUAUGACUGGGAGGUACCUAUGGAAGUGAAGAAAAAUCCCCCAACCAUGUUCUAUCCGGUAACAGAAACCAUGGUUUUAAAAUUCCCGUGUCUGACUUCUUGCCAUGGCAAGAAGCGCCUAUUUCUCGUGUUCAGAUUAUACGAUGGCGAACACAAAAUUCUAGCAAAAAAGGAGAUUGAAAUUAAGGUCAUAAAUAACCCAACGACUCGGGAAAAUGAUGCGGUAAAAGCAUUGCUGCUAUCGGAAUCGAAACCGGCAUCAGAAGCCGGUAGCAGCAGCCUAGGAAAACGCAAAAGUCAGUCGGGUAGGUCUGUCACUGGAGGAACAGAAGUUUUUCUUAGCUUUGAGAAAAAAACAAAUACCCGAUAUUCAACGAAUUCUGCGGGAAACUAUGGAACCUGCUUUUAAAAUCGCUAACACCGAAGUGCGUAGAACCAUGCAAACGUGCAUGGAUAAGUUUAUGCAGCAAAUAGCUGCUGCGAAUUCCCCUACCGAAGGAAGGCAAGUACCCUUGGAUCAGCGUUUGACACCAAACAUGGGCGUUCCGGAAAGCGAAAACAAGUUGUGCGAAAUGAAGCUAACCAUGCCAGCAAACAUGAAACCUGUUUUUGGCAAAAACUUGGACUCAUUUUUCACAACAAGUAUUGCGUCUGCGGAUGAAUCUAAAGUCGAAAUGUUGCAGAAAUUACGCGAUGUCAAUAUGGCUGCGGUUGAAAUGGCAACUAGUAUGAAGCAUGGAAAUGAUCACUUGGCCCCAUUGAUGAACGGCACCGUCGCGGAAACUUCCACAGGGGUUAUUGGAAAUGGCACACCUUCAGCUAACGAUAUGAACUCAUGCGGACAGUUAGUGAACGGUGAAGCAUUAUACCAAAUAAUUCCCAUUAAUAAGGUUGCUCAUUAUGUAACAGAUGAAGAUGACAAUAUUAUUCAAUUGGUGGUUUCACAUGAUGAUCUUACCAUGUCCAGCGAAAACCUAGAAAUAGCUGCAACUAACACGACCCAAGACGCGGAAUCAUCUAUUGAACAACUGCACUGAAGAUGGGAAUGAAGAUCCCAUUAUGGAACCGGUUGGAUAGAGAGCACAGUAUCUCAAGAAUACACGUUUGGAAGUAACGUAAGAAACUUCAAGUUGAAUGAACCCAAUGCCGUAUGAUUGAGUUCUAAUCGAAUCAAGGCGAUUGAAUUCGAGCAAGGCAAUCAAAGAGCUGUGCUGGACAGCACGAGAAAGGGACAUUUAUCAUUUGUGUCGCUGAUGCGAACUCUUCCAAACGUUAUCGCCUCUAGGUUGCGAGGAAAAAACAUUACACUAACUACACAGUAAAAAAAUCUUAGUAAUAUUACAUCUUGGAAUGAGUACAUCAUUAGAUAUUGUCCGUUUCUCUCAAAGGUACACGCCGCGCGGCAUUUCAGAAUGUGCCGCAGACACUGUUGCCAGCGAUUUUCUGCACUUUUGGUGCUAUAAAAAAACAUUCCCGGCAGCAAUGCCAUGCAAUUCGAAGAAGAAAAUCAACAAAAACAAAACGCACAGUAUGGGAUUUGACAGCGCGCAUUUACCGUAAGUGCGGCGCGUCGUUUCGAGGCUGGUAUGCCGCGUGUCUUUUUCGGGAAUACGCGCAAUAGUUGGUGCGCGGACCAGGAUCCCUCGCCUGGACCAGACCAAAAUCCAUGAUAAAGCUGUCAGACCAAAUCUGUCAAACCAAGACCCUCAGACCAAAGAGUAAAAAGUAAACAAUUUUGGUCUUUGACGUAGGUGCACACAAAUCGAGAAAAGGCAUUUUUUUAAGAAUUUAAUUUUUUCGAUUCAAUAACUGGUUUUGAGCUGCAAAGUUAAAUAUUCGCCAGAAAAUGAUUAAAUAGUGCGGCGUCCUGUACACCGACAAUUAAAUACGCAGAUAAGAGCCUUAUUUUUGAUCACGUUUUCGGAUUACACCAGAACAAUCUUGAUUGAAAACCAGUUUGAUAUUAUUUUUGUAAUUGCAAGUUUUUUGCAUUGCGUAUGCGAUUUAGACAUUCUCAGAGGUAAAAUCAAACCUCUGCCAUAAAAGAUGUAUUCAUUCACCAUGACUUUUGUUUUACUGUGUAUAGUUUAGUUCUAUUGUUUAUGUAAUUAUUUUUAUCCUAAGAAUAAAACCUAUGUUAUCCCAAAAACCAAAUUGAGAUUUGAAUAGCUGUCAAACUCUCCGAACAAAACUUUUUGUUCGCAGAUCGAAGGGGGAGCCAGGAUCAAUUGAGGAUCCAGGCCAGGAUCAAUUGAGUCAGUCCAAGUCCGGUAAUGUAAAAGAAGGAUAAUGAACGAGUCAAUCGUUCGCAUUUCAUGUAGAACGGCGAAAAGGUAAGUUAAAAUGAGAUUGUGUUUGUGAGAGUGUGUAUACGUGUAAUGAUGUUAAAAACCUAACCUCUGAAAAUAUGUAAUUUUACCAUUGUUCUGGUGUAAUGUCACUUUUUAGUCUAAAUUAUUAAAAACAUAAUGUUUGUUCUUCAAGAAAACUUCAAUGAAUAUUUUGGACGGAUCCCUGGUCAACCGUACGACACAACUUAGUCGCAAUGUUCUCACAAUUGCGCUUUACAAAACUGACGUCCAUCUUCCGGAUUUUCGUAGUCAACCGCUCCGUGUCCUUGGUUCGCCGAUUAUGUUUGUACACUAGGGCACUCAGGGAGUCAAAAACCCUCAAUGGGUCGGCAAGGUGGUCGGAUUCCUUACUUUCGGCACUUACUGUAUCCUUCUCUGCUCAAGAUAUUCUUGACAUUAUGGGAAGACGCUUUGUCCGGCCAGAAAACGUACUUUCCAUCCGCAUGAUGCUGCUUUCAGUAUGGGAAAAGAAGUUUAGAGAUAAACAAAUAAAUAAAAAGAGAAAUUAUUUUAAAAAGAAAAUUUUAUGCCCUCUUCUUUUUUAAUAGAAAGGUAUUGGAAUAAUUCUCGAUUAGUGCGCUGACCACGAGGACGCGCUGUCUUGUUUUAGCAUGCUCAUUUUCAUUUCUUUUGUGUCGCUGUUUGUGUGCUUGGGUGCGUGGUUAUUAUAUAUAGGUGAAGGGAUUUUAUCAAAUGAUCAUUAUAUUGCAUUAUUAUAUUUAAUUGAUUAUAUAACCACACUAUAUUUUACACUUAACACAUUAUACAAAACACAUAUGAAACUAUAAACAGGAGCGUUUGGUACGGUAUGUCCACGCAUCCUUCCUCCCCUGUAGAUUCUGUGAAAUGUGCUCCGUUCACAGAAUCUGUCUCUGCGGUUAAUGUAACGCAGUAGGCCUGGCCGCUUUAAUUUUUGCAAUACAUCUUCGGGGUUACUCAAAUGUACUGCAAUAAUUAAUAUUGACAAGAAAGAACUUGGGGCGUAAUCUAACCCCAAGUUCUUCCAGGAUGCUUUCUUCGGACUGGCUGCGCUUGUGUUCGAUUAGAUUAGAUUAGAUUAGAAAGGUAUUGGAAUAAUUCUCAUAUUU